UCAAAAAGUCUUGUAAGAGUUUAUUUGAGUUUCAUCAAUUUAAUUUUAUCUUUCACGAAAUGGAAAACGUUAUCAAUAACGAUUGAGGUAUUUACCUAUCGAUUUAAUAUUAACGCCAACCCUGUAUGGGUUCAUUUCAAAUUGUUCGAAAGGGAAACUAAACCAUGGACGAUCAAGUGUGGAUACGAGAACCCAAUUGUGGUUUUGUGUUGGGGCGAAUUUCUGAACUCGUGGGGGAUGGGGCGGAAGUUGUCCCUGACGAACCCAAAUAUGCGAAAGCGGUUUAUUCUUUUGAUGACAUUUUCCAAGCUGGCGAUCCAACCAAAGAAGUCAAUGACAACUGUGAAAUGUUGUUCCUAAACGAAGCCACGUUGUUGAACAAUAUCAAAAAUCGCUAUUACAAAGACAAAAUAUAUUCUUACGUCGCGAAUAUCUUGAUAGCUGUUAAUCCGUACAAGGAAAUUCCUGCUUUAUAUGACUCCGAAAUUAUCCAGAAGUACCACGGAAAGGACAUUGGACAACUGCCGCCACAUGUGUUCGCAAUCGCCGACAAGGCGGCAAGAGACAUAAGGAUUCUCAAACAAUCCCAGUCCAUUAUAGUGUCGGGAGAAUCGGGCGCAGGGAAAACUGAAUCUACGAAGCAUUUGCUAAGAUUUUUGUGCGAUACUCAAGGAUCAGCAGGACCUAUAGAACAAAAUAUCCUCGAGGCGAAUCCCGUCCUAGAAGCUUUUGGUAACGCGAAAACUACAAGGAAUAACAACAGCUCCAGGUUUGGAAAAUUCAUCGAAAUUCAUUACAAUGACAAGUUUAACGUGGUGGGUGGCUACAUUUCUCAUUAUUUAUUGGAAAAGUCCAGGAUUUGUUCCGCUUCGGGCGACGAAAGAACUUACCACAUAUUCUAUAUCCUUCUGGGGGGAGCGCCGAAGGAUUUGAGGGAAAAACUUCAACUUACUCAACCCGACGAUUUCUACUAUUUGAAGCGCGGCUGCACGAGAUAUUUUACAAAAGCACCUUCCGAAAAGAAAUUACAUUCGUCUCAAAAAAGCGCCGACCAUUCCAAAAAAGGACCACUGCGAGACAAUCUCAUGGACGAUGUCGAAAGCUUUCUUGAGCUUGACAAAGCAUUGUCGAUAAUGGGCUUGAGCGAUAAAGAAAAGCUAGACAUUUACAGCACGGUAUCUGCAGUUCUUCAUUUGGGAAAUGUUCAAUUUGAAGAAGUUACCGAUGAUACAAGGGGUAGCUGUACAGUCUCGGAAGCCAGCGAAAAAUCCCUCUCUGUAGCUUGUGAAUUGCUGGGGAUCGAUCAGACCCGAAUUAGGCAAGCCCUUGUUUACAAAUCAAUGCAAAGCAACAAAAGUUAUCACCGUGGCACUCUAAUAAUGGUUCCAUUAAAAAUCACAGAAGCCAAUAACGCAAGGGAUGCUCUUGCUAAAGCGAUCUAUAGCAAACUUUUUGAUUAUAUUGUUCACAGAAUCAAUAAAAGUAUACCGUUCAGAACUUCUAGCUAUUAUAUUGGUGUUCUUGAUAUAGCUGGAUUUGAAUUCUUUACGGUCAACAGUUUCGAACAGUUUUGCAUAAACUAUUGUAACGAAAAAUUGCAGCAUUUUUUUAACGAAAAAAUCUUAAAAUACGAAACGGAUUUGUACACUCGAGAAGCCAUCGAUAUCCCAGAAAUAAAAUUUAUCGAUAAUCAAGACUGUAUAGACCUCAUUGAAGCGCCCAAAAAGGGUAUCUUCACCCUGUUAGAUGAAGAAUCUAAGAUGCCAAAACCGUCAUUCCAACACUUUACCACCGAAGUGUUUACCCAAUGGUCUGGUCAUUUUAGGCUGGAUUUUCCAAGAUCUUCCAAAUUACAGGCCCACAGGAACAUCCGAGAUGACGAAGGAUUUCUGAUACGACACUUUGCUGGUGCCGUAUGUUAUGAAACUGGUUUUUUUAUUGAGAAAAACAAUGACGCUCUUCACGCAUCCUUAGAAGAAAUAGUUCAGCAAAGCCAAAAUGAUUUAAUUCAGUCUUUUUUUAACAAGAGCACAAACGUCCAAGCAGGUAAACUGGCUUUCGUAAGCGUAGGAAGCAAAUUUAAAAAGCAAUUGGCAGAACUGAUGGAAAAAUUAAAAAAUAACGGCACCAGCUUUAUUCGUUGUAUCAAACCAAAUUUGAAUAUGAUAGAACGAAAGUUCGACGGCCCUGUAUGCUUAACCCAGCUUAAAAGUUCCGGAGUUAUUCACGCUUUAGAUCUUAUGAAGCACGGAUAUCCCAGUAGAUCACCUUUUGCGGAAGUGUAUUCCACGUACUCGAGUUAUUUUCCGGACGAGGUCAACAGGUUGAGACCCAAAUCGUUUUGCGAAGCUUUAUUGUACAGUACUGAUGUGGCAGAAGAAAACUACAAAUUCGGAAUUACAAGAGUGUUCUUUAAACUGGGAAAGUUUUCCGAAUUGGACAGGAUUAUCAGAUCAAACCCGGAUGAAUUAAAAGUGAUGAUAAGGCGCAGCAAACAGUGGCUAACACGGUCCAGGUGGACUCAAUCUCAAUUUGGAAUCCUGGUCGCACUAAAGUUUAGGAACGAUAUUUUGAAGCGGAGAGCCGCAGCAACAAAAAUACAACAAAUAUUUCGAGGAUAUUUGGCUAGAAAAUACAAUCGACCCAAAAUUAAGUGUCUAAAAAAGAUCCAAAAUCUCAACAAAAACGUCAAACAAAUAGAAAUAGUAGCCUUAGGGAUGAAAGAAAAUAAUAAGAAAAGUGUGGCCAAAGACAUAAACAAUUUGAAAGAGGAAAUUAAGAAAGCAAUUUCUAAAAUUAAGGGAGAAAGCAAAUUAAGUGAAAACACUAUCGAUGACUUGUAUAAUCAACUCGCUUCUAAAAUUAAUAAAUACAUUAACGAAUUAAAGAAAAGUGUUACUCAAGAGAAUGAAAACUUAAAAGAGUUAGAGCAAAGUAUGAAACAAGAAAUUAAACUGAACGAAAAGGAAGAAAGAAGAAAACGUACAGAACAAAUAAAUAGAACUAUAAAUCUCAAUUCGAUUCGAAGAAAGAAACAAGAACAACUGGAACGCAAAAAACAGGAUGAAUUGGAUAAACAAAGAUUAUCGGAACUUCAAGCGGAAAUAGUAAAGUUAGCGGAAGAAGAACAAAGACUUCGCGAAUUGCUUGAAUUAGAAAGACAAGACCACGAAGUGGCGCUUCGAUUGGCUGUCGAAAGUAAUGGAAAAGUGGACGAAAGUUCACAGAUUGGCCCUAGAUUAGAAGCGGUAAAAAGACAAAAGAGAGCUGCUAUUUACGGCAACGCAAAAUUAGAUCUUUCAAAAUGGAAAUAUUUUGAACUUCGUAACAUUCUUGUUAGUUCUCCUGCCGACGAAGAACUGUUAGAAGCCUGUAAAUAUGAAUUUCAUCGUCGUCUAAAAAUUUACCAUGAAUGGAGAUUGAAAAACAAAGGAACAGCAUCGGCUAGUUUAAAUGACGACAUUGAAAGAAUUCCUCAAGCUAUCGCAAAAAGAAAACCAAAACCAUUAAAUCUGGAUAAUCAUGACAACAAGGCGAGAUAUUUCCGAGUAGCAAUCAGAAAAUCAGGAUCAAAAGAUCCUCGUGAAAGGGGUUGGUGGUAUGCCCAUUUUCAGGGACAGUACGUUGCCAGGCAAUUACACUUACUCCCUAAUAAACGACCAGUUCUUUUAGUUGCAGGGAAGGACGACCUACAAAUGUGCGAAUUAUCUUUAGAAGAAUCGGGAUUAUUGAAAAAACGAAAUGCCGCAAUUUCAGAAAAUGAAUUUGAAACACAAUGGGAACAAUAUGGGGGAAAACCGUACAUUUCAAUCUAAUAACAGCGUUAACCGACCAACUUUAGUACAAUUUCAUUAAUUAUACAUAAUUUUUCAUUUCAUAAGAUAAAAUAUAACUUAAAGAAGC